UGCAGUGGGGGUGGAAAAAUGUGUCAAACAAUUGUCAAAUAUUUACAUAUGUACGUGUUAGCUGAAUCGGAAGAAAUAAUAUAAUAAAUAUAAAAUGGCUGAGAAUGAAGUAGUAUCCGAUAGCGAUGAAUGUCUUGUUACAGAAGCCAUUAAUUUAGAUAUUGAAGAGUUAGAUAACACAGAAUAUGCAAUACCAACAUUGAAUGAAUUACCUACUUUAGAAAGUAUAUUAAUGGAACCUGAUUAUGAGUCGCUAUCAGAUACAGAUGAUGAUAUUGGUAUAUCAGUAGGAGAAAAACUUGGUAGUAGUGAGACAACUAGCAUUAGCAGUCACUUAUCAUUAAAUUCAUUAAAUAAGUCUUCCAAAACUUAUCAGAAAGCAUCUCUGGGUAUUAUUUUAAGGCAUGUUAUACUCAAAGGAAUAACAUCACAAAUUGUAUCGGCUAGUGAAAGAGUCAAUGCUGGUUUAGCUAGUGCGGUUGCAGCUGGAGGUAACAUGUUAGUGAUUGGUACCAGUCAUGGUUUGAUAUUGGGCUUUGAUUCUUCACAAACAUUACGUUGGUGUGAUCAAGAAGCAAGACACCAAGGUUCAGUUUCUGCUCUUUGUUUUAAUCAUGAGGGCAGUAGAAUACUGGCUGGUUUUGUUAGAGGACAUAUCUUGAUGAUAGAUAGCAGUAAUGGAAAAGUUUUACGAGUUCUUACAGAUGUACAUCCACUUGACACUGCUGUGUUACAUGUUAAGUUCACAGAUUCACCAAAAAUAGCUCUAUGUAGCGAUAGUGGCGGCUCAGUGUUUGAAUUGAAUUUUACUAGAGUAAUGGGUGUAAGAGGUUGUGACAGUAGAUGUUUGUUUAGCGGUUCCAAGGGCGAAGUGUGCACUCUAGAGCCUUUGUUACUGAAUCAUUUGCCGUCACAUCCAUUAAAAAAUUAUACUUUAAUAGCAAUGGCAACAUUAUCAAAGGUAAUUGUUGUUUGCAUAAAACCACGAAUGCGAGUUGUAUUGAGUCAUCCGUUAACUGGCUCCCCGACAGCGGCACCGCAACUAUCUUGGCAGUUGGUUGUUAUACAGACAGCUGACGGAUCUCGCGUGAUCGAUCCGGUAUUAGCGCUCGCGCGAGACAACGUGGUGCAUUUUUACCAAGUAUACACCGAAGGUGGUUCGCGGGUAAAGUUGUCUCCUCUUCGGAGAAUGACGCUACCGUACACGAUAAGCAACUUGAGAUGGUUAAAUCCAAGAUCUCUUAUAAUACUAGAUGCUCAAGAAAAGUUACAUUUGUUGGAUGUAAGAGCGCAGGAUAAUUUGGAGACGCUGGAUAUGAGUUAUGUUGGUAUUUCUUAUGCCUCUAGUCACUUUAAAGGAUUGUCCACCGGUGGAAACGUUUCGAAGGCAAUGGCGUUGGCCGGUGAACGAGCGUGCUACAACACUGUCGUAGUUUUCGGUACGCAGCUAUUGUUACUAGGUACAAAGAGUUUACAUGUCAUUUGUAUAAGAACAUGGACGGAGAGAUUGCAACAUUUGGUUGCACAGAAACGUUUUCCCGAAGCGUUAGCAUUGGGUCUUUCUUUUUAUCGAGACAAGGGAAAGGCUGUUAUCGGUCUUCGAGGUUCCAAGCAACGUCGCAGUCAAAUCGCGCGUGAAAAGGUUUGCGAAAUUCUGACGCAGUAUAUGGACGAAUUGAAUCAGUGUUUGAUAGAGGAAAAUACGGACUACAAUACGAUAGUGCUCACUUGCGUCGAUUACUGUAUUCAAUUGGAUUAUUUCGAUCUACUGUUUGGGAAAUUAUGGGAUAUGGUUUUUGAAUCUGAAAAAUUAAAAACGAGUUAUUUACACGCACUCGAAGCUCCUUUGUUGGAUGGAAGCCUUCCACCGAGACUGCCACCGUUAAUCGCCCAACAAUUGGUUACUCUGUAUAAUCAGGAAAAUAAGGUAGAAUCAUUGGAAGCAAUUGCGGUUCUACUCAAUGUGGAUUGUUUAGAUAUUCAUCAAGUAACGACAAUUUGUCGUCAACGAGGACUUUGGGAAGCGCUGAUUUAUCUACAGACUACGGCGCUUGGCGACUUUACAGCGCCAAUACAUCAAUUAAUGCCGAUACUUCAAAACUUAUUGCGCGAUUCGACAGCUGUUCUUUCUCGAGACUGCAUAAAACUCGGCAACGCCAUCCUAGUUUACACUAGUUGUUGUCUAGCUGGCCGUGGAUUUCCCAAGGAUGAGCUUCCCGAGGAUAUGCGACAAAAAGCGAAAGCAGACAUAAUGAGAGCUUUGCUCUCUCAACAUUCCAGUUUAGCGAACGACAUGGAAAGGCAAUAUCCGUACUUGAGAACGUUGCUGCAAUUUGACGCAAAGGGCUUUCUCGAUGUUGUGGCCAUUGCCUUUCAGGAGCCAGAAUUUACAUCCGAAAUGGGCCUGCGACAUCGACAGAGACUCAUAGAUAUUUUGUUGAGCAUUGUUAUGCCAAGUACGCCACUUAGUCCGAAGAGUAACGAUUAUAUCACGAACGAACAACAAUUUAUGGUGCUUGUGUUCGUGGCAAAUGAAGUAUCUGAAAGUACUGUUACCCUGGAAUCUAAUACGUUAAAUAAAAUGGUAGAUAUGUUGUGCGUAGAUUCACAGAUGGAAUCGUUGAAAAAUUUUAAAACCGAGAGAGAAAAUGCUAUAUUAGGAUUAUUGAAUUCUAAAAAGUUAUGUAAUAUUUCCGAUAACACCUUACUAAGUUUAACAAAUAGAGCGGGUUUUGUGAGAGUUGCGGAGUUGCUGUACAGCGCGCGAGAGGAUUGGAUAGCGGUGUGUAAAUGUAUGAUCUUAGAGCCAUCCAGAAAUCACGACAUUUGGCCUUGGCUCGAGAGCUUGUCAAUCGCUUCGGUGGACCAAGUUGUAUUGGCUCACGCAUCGACCCUCAUGACAAUCAACGCGAAUCAGUUUGCCACGAUCGUCGCAACGCGACUGCACAGCAAAAUUGAUGCGAUAUUACAAAGUUUCAAUAAUAAUAGAAGCUUGCAAUAUAAACUGCUGGGAGCGUUGUAUCGAAUUGCGCAGGAUAAAGAAGAUGAUAUUUCUCUGGAUUUAACUACCGAACACUUGGAGAGAUAUUUGGCACUGAUGUGCGAAUUAGAACCGGAACGUGUUGUUGCUCAUUUGCACGGGCCGCAUGGAUGUAGAUUGGACGAGGCAUUGAAGAUCGUUCGAAAAUACAAUUGCAAGAGCGCAGAGGCGGUAAUGUUGGAAAAGUUGGGUAGUUAUCAAGAUGCAUUUAAUCUCCUUCUGAAAGAAUUUGAGCAACAAGUGACGAUGUAUCGACAAGGUGAUGUUUCGGAAAAUGAAUCGAUAUACGCUGCCAUGCAGCUUGCAGGAUUAUGUCGAAGGUCGGCGGGAAAUCUGGACUGGAUGGCUCUUGUAGAAGCCGUGUUUCGAUCGCAUUCGGAAAACAGUACGGAGAAGGCGGACAAAUUGAGCAAUAAAUUGUUAAGACUAAUUCUCGAAUCUCUGAGCGGUAUGUCUGUUCUGUCAAAUAUACUCGAGCAGAUCUUGAAAAAUCCAUUAGCAAUGAGCGGCACGAUGGGUGAUUUGCGGCAGUUGCUGUCCGGAGUCCUCACUCAAUCGCGAUACGAGCAAACCCUAGUCGAAACUACCGCUCGAUUAACAAGUUUAGAUCUUCACAAGACUUUGAAAACAUCCUUGAGGGAUGCUGGCAGAGCAUGCGGCAACAUUUCCAUAAAUUGUUGCGUGUGCAGACAACCAUUGUCACACUGUAGCGAUUAUGUGGUGGUGUACAGCUGCGGUCACGGGUAUCAUUCGAUGUGUAUAGGUGAACCUAAGUCGUGUUACAAAUGCAUCAACAUGAAGGGAUGGGCGCCUAUUGUAACUAAUGUCGCGCACGUCGUCCAUCAACCUCCGCCGAGAAAGAGACAGCUUUUUCCGCCAGAAUUUCUACGCCAUAAAGAUGUCACAUUAAGACUGGCACCACCUUGUUCUAUACCUGACCUCGAGGGCAUCCUUUAAUCUAGUCUUUGACUAUCGAGAGAAAAUGAUGAUCGUUUGUAAGCGGUAUGUAGUAUUUUUGAGAUAUAUUAAGAGAGAGAUAAGUGUGUGUGUUUGUAUGCAUAUACACACACGAUAUAUUUCUAUGUUAGAUCUUGAUAUUACAAUUUGUUUAUUUUUGCGCAAUGCAUUAUGUAAUAACUCGAUGUAAGCUCUAUCUUUGAGAUUUUAGUUGUUGACCUGCACUGAUGUUUAUGAUACAUUGCCAAAUACAAAUUAUUUACUGAGAAAUACCAAGUAUCAUUAUUGUUUAUACACAAUGUAUAUCAUGUUUUAUUGCUUUUCUUCAUAUUUUUACAUUACUCACUUAAACGCGAGACAUGUGAUUUUGCACAUCUUCUAUGCCGUUUCCAUGGUUGGUGUCAGUGAAAUAUCUUCCUAUUUUGGGUUUGGUUUUAAUGAUAAAUACUGGUUUUUUCGGUGCAUUGUCCGUUAGUACGCGAUGUGGAUCUACAAAUUCACUGCCCAAUAAUUCACCAGUGAGAAGUUUUGCCACAUUUAUGAGAACAUCCAAUUCUGAACGAUUGGAUUUGUUAAUUGGUAACAGUGUGAUAGUAGAAACAUAUGUGUCUAUGGUAGAUUCUAACUUCAUAAGAAAUGGAAUCAACUUUGAUAUAGCUAAAUAAUGUUGUAACUGUAAAAUAAAAGAGAAAUUAAUUUACAUGAAAUACUUAAAAAAAUUUCUAUAUAAAUAUGUAUGAGUGGUAAGCCUGCAUAUAUGAAUUUUAAUAAGUUUGUUUACACAUUUAAAAUUGUGCAUAAGUACAUGCCUCGUCA